AUGAAGGCCUUCGGCAUAGGGAGCAGUUUCUGGGACAGGAGGACUCAGGAUGAGGUGGAUAGUGCUCUUGGGAAGGGGGAACAGGCUGGAGCAGAAUCCCUUUUAAAGGGAUCCAGGAAGAAAUGGGGCUCUGAAUCUGACUCAGUGUCUGUCCUGUUGACAUGUGCUUUUUGCUAUGGCCAUGAUGACUUGGGUGUGAUUGGUCUGACAUUCCACAAAGAUAUGUAAGUACAGUUCCAACAAGUGGUCUGAGUUGAGCCCAUCAGUCCCCAGGGGUCCUGCACCAUCCUUCAAAAGUGACUGCUACACACUGGGGACAAUGUCUACCCCUUUACCCUGCAGAUGGUUGUCAACCUGCCCUGUUUGGUGACACUGCAGCCAGGUCCUGAAGAUAUAGGAAAGGGGAGGUCUGUUGACUUUGAAGUGAAGAGUUUCUGUGCUGAAAACCCAGAAGAGAAAAUUCCCAAGAGAGGCUCUGUGCAGCUGGUGUUCCAGAAAGUACAGUUUGCACCCUUGGAGCCAGGUGCUGGGCCCUCAGCUUAGACCAUCCACCACUUCCUUCUUUCAGCUCAGCCCCUUCAACUCCAGGCCUGGAUGGACUAGGAGGUUCACAACCAUGGCAACCCCAUCUCUGUCAAUGUUUCCAUCAACAACUGCACCAACAAGGUCAUCAAAACAAUUAAGAUUUCAUUGGACCAGAAUACAGAUGUUGUCCUGUAUUCACUAGACAAGUACACCAAACCUACUCUUACUCUUUUUUUCUCCUUUCAAAGGAAGACUACAGCUGCUCACUCCAGCUUCUCCAAGAGCUUUCGAGUAACCCCACUCCUGGCACUGGAUGGCAAACUCAAACAUGGUGAUACCAAUCUGGCCUCUAGCACAGUUGUUGGACCUGGAAUGAACAAGGACUUGCCAGGGAACUUGGUGUCCUACAAAGUCAAAAUCAAUUUGAUGGUAUCCUGUAAGAAGAUGGGGGAUUCUGAGGACAUAGUCAUCGAGGCAUUUACACAGCUGGAACACGAUGGGGAGCAGAGCCAGGAGGAUCUGGCUGUGCACGGUGCUGGGUGUGGGCGCCCCACUGCAACGCUCUAA